AUGGCAAGCCUGCAACCGUUGCCGGCGCAUUUGGGUCUCGGCGUACCAGAGCCGGAAGGGAAAAAGGAGAAAACCAGUCUGAAAUAUGAAGCCGUUAACGACCAGAGGAAAUUAAACGUGGUACAGGUGAGAUCUCGACUUGAGCAGCUUCUUUGUUUGUCAUUAGUAUCGGUUAUCCGGUACCUUGCAUCCUGCACCCUGGAAAUCCCUAAUGGGAUCAUGCAAGUCAUGGACAUGGUGGAUUCGGUGUCCAUUGGAAUCCAGAUCAAAGUGAGCUUCUGUGAACCCGAUGAAAGAAAAGGAAAUGCCGCGAAUGAAUCGCGCAUGCCUGCAUCCUGUGCCAACCUGAGGAAACUAAUGAGCGCAUUAUCAUACGUUUAUGCUCCUGCAGCCCCGCGAUUCCAGGAAUCCAUUGGAAUCCCUUCUCAUCCAGCGAAUGAUGCAGCAAUUGUUGGCGAUAUCUAG